AUGGCGCCCUCCUUUGCGAACACCGUCCAGACCACCGACUCGGCUCACGCUGAGAUCGCCGACAUCGCGACCGGCCUCGACCGCAUGGAGAACAAGGCUCUCAGCUCCCAAAGAGUCACCCUGAGCGAGGAGAAGACGGCCAACAUGAGCAAGCUGGCCCUCGGUGCCAAGUUGGAGCGUGCGCUGGACCGGAGAAUGAGCAGUCAGGACGCCGUUAUGCGCCCCCGCGGCAAGACCUUGACCGAGAAGACCACUGCUGCAUAA